AUGAAAGACUGGCGAUGGCUCCCCCUUCAAAGAGUGAUCUGCCCUUCGCCAGACUACCCAACUUCCAAAAUGUCCCAGACCUCAGUGAAUGAAGAAGGAGGCAACUUUGAGCACCUUUGGCACUCCCUGGAGCCAGACAGUACAUAUUAUGAGCUCCCCCCAAGCAACCAAGAGAAUGUGCGCCCGGUACCUUCUACAAGUAAUUUGGGGAAUCAGAGCAACACUGCUGAGGUUUCCAUGGAUGUCUACCACAUGAGGGACAUGAACGACAAUGUGAUGUCCCAGUACAACUUGCUUAGCAGCAGCAUGGAGAGUCUGGGGAGCAGGGCCAGGCCUGCUAGCCCCUACAGCUCCGAGAACACCUCUUCUGCCGUGCCCACCCCCUCGCCCUACUCCCAACCUAAUUCCACUUUCGAGGGCCUUUCGCCUGCCCCGGCCAUCCCCUCCAACACCGACUACCCGGGACCACAUGCCUUCCAGGUGUCCUUCCAACAGUCCAGCACUGCCAAAUCAGCCACAUGGACAUACUCUCCUCUACUGAAGAAGCUCUACUGUCAGAUUGCCAAAACAUGUCCCAUCCAAAUCAAGUUGUCGUCCUCCCCUCCCCAUGGAAGCAUCAUUCGAGCGAUGCCUGUCUACAAGAAGGCUGAGCACGUGACAGAAGUGGUCAAGCGUUGCCCCAACCAUGAGCUGGGCCGAGAUUUCAAUGAUGGCCAAGCAGCACCAGCCAGCCAUCUCAUCCGAGUGGAGGGGAACAAUCUAUGCCAGUAUAUUGACGAUGCCGUAACAGGCCGCCAGAGUGUCCUUGUUCCCUAUGAAAUUCCACAGGUGGGGACAGAGUAUACCACAAUAUUGUACAACUUCAUGUGCAACAGCAGCUGUGUGGGUGGCAUGAACAGGAGACCCAUCCUUAUCAUUAUUACUUUGGAAUCAAGAGAUGGACAAGUGUUAGGUCGAAGGUCAUUUGAAGGCCGAAUAUGUGCAUGUCCUGGCCGAGAUCGCAAAGCAGAUGAGGACCACUUUAAAGAACAGCAAUCCAUGAAUGAAAGUGUGGCAAAGAAUACCAGCACCAUCAAACGAAAUUUCAAACCUAGCCCACCAAAUAUUUCCAGCCCAAAUGUUAACAUUAGGAAACGGCGGCAUGGAGAGGACGAAAUUUACUAUAUUCCAGUGCGUGGUAGGGAAAAUUUUGAGCUGCUUAUGAAAAUUAAAGACAGUUUGGAAUUAGUGGAGCUUGUCCCUCAGCCACUUGUAGACUCCUAUAGACAAGAAGCACAACAGCAGCUGCUACAAAGACCGAGCCAUAUAGUAUCACCUUCCUCCCCUCAGUCAAAUAUGACCAAGCUUCACCCACAUGGAGGCCUCAGUAAAUCACAAACAGCCAACCACCUGGCAGGGCAACAGACCCAGCACCACCCCAGUGCCCAUGCAACAAUUGCAAAUAUGGGUCACAACAUGAUCAAUAGCCAUCACAUGCAGUCUAAUGGUGACAUGAAUGGUGGCCACAGCAGUCAGAAUUUAGUGUCCGCUUCGCACUGCAGCCCACCCCCUCCGUAUAACCCUGACCCCAACCUUGUCAGCUUUCUAACUAGCCUGGGCUGCCAAAACUUCAUUGAGUACUUCACCUCUCAAGGCCUCCAAACUAUCUACCAUCUCCAAACACUGUCCAUUGAGGAAUUAGGUGCGCUGAAAAUCCCAGAGCAGAUCCGCGUUGCCAUCUGGCGAGGUCUCCAGGACAUGAAACAAGGGGCGUCACUCCAGCUACCUGCAUCCUCACAUCACCAAGACUAUCACAGCCAACAACUUAUACGCUCCAGCAGCAACAUGGCUGCCUCUGCCAUCGCCGCCAUUGGGGCCGCUGGAGGGGAGCUGCAACGUCAACGCGUAAUGGAAGCCGUGCACUUUCGUGUCCGCCACACCAUUACCAUACCAAAUAGGUCGGGAGUUGUCGGAACAACCGAGAUGGCGGCAGGGACUGAUGAAUGGGCUGACUUUGGUUUUGAUAUGCCCGACUGCAAAGUUGCAUGCAGCAAGCACUCAAUAAAGGAGGAGUUCAUGGAACGAAAUGUUCACUGA